CGCAGCUAGCCUUGAUUUCAGCAGCUGUUGCUGCCGGCAUGUCUCAAAAAUGUCCUCAAACUUGUUUUUGUUUUGAUAUUUAUGCUUGUUACUCUUUGAGCAGCAGAAAAUUGGCAACUGACAAGUACACCACGUUGCUUCGAGGUGUUUUCGAUCGCUAAUAAUCAACGUUUGACGACGGAUCAUAUAUCACGAGUCUCUCGCCGCAAGUAAAUCCCAAACGCUGUACCUAAAAAUGUCAAAAAGGGCAAAAAGAAGUGCUUAUGGAGGUUUGGAGCUUGAGCAACUACUGGAGAUUGCUACAGCAAAAAGAUCAAAAGUGGCAAACCUGAGGCCUUUGAAAGAACAAGCUUUAGAAAAAGUAGCAAGUUUUGAAUAUGCACAGACCUCUCUCGCUCCAUUUCAGUACCUCUCACCUCCGUUGCAAAAGGAAAUCUUGAGUCACGUGGCGGCUCAGCAACGCUGUAGUGAGGAUUGGCUGACCCCUGCCAAGGCUGAGUGGCUUUUUGAAAUGGUGAGCCGUCUCUUGAAUGCCAACACAAAGGAGUUUGACUUUGGCAUCUUUGGUGGUCCAAAUGGUCUAUUCCACUGGUCAGACCAUGAACGCAACCAAAAAGUGUGGAACAUGCUGGUUGAGAAGUGUCCAAACUUGGAGAGAAUCUUGGACAAGCGCCAUCAUGACAACAGUGACGCCUGGACGAUCUCAUCGCCAGUGAAGACUGACCCUAAGAAAGGAUUCUACUUGCGAAAUGUGAUGCCUUUCCUACAGAAAUUUACGAAACUGAAGCACAUUGUUCUGGAAAAUUAUAUUUGUGACUCGGAAGACUUGGCGCAGCUUGCUCAUCAUUUUCCGAAGCUGCAAACUUUGUCUGUUGCCUUCAAGUUGGUCUACUUUAAUACUCUGAGAAAUUUGUUCCUUCUCCAAAACCUGGAACGACUGGACAUUAAUUGGAACGAAUAUGAUUUCCGUAAUAUUAAGGACAAGUUGUUGUAUAACGAGCAGACCCACUACCUGGAUCACUUAAAUACAGAAUGCAUGGAGCAGCUGCCAUGCUUGCAGUACUGCUCCGGAGGCAGAAAGCACCACAACCACCGUCCUUACCGUGGACACAGAAAACUUGCUCUAAGAGAAAUUGAUGUCAUGGGUGGCUUCGAUUUUCAACUUGUCCCCUUUUUAGAAAAACUUCACCUGAAUGGACCUCUCAACAUGCAAAUGUUUAAAAUUAGAGCUCUUUCCAACCUCACAUCAUUGAGUUUGAGUGAUAUUAAAAAAUCUGAUGUUUCGUAUCUUCUGACCCAGUGUGGUGCCAAGCUUCAUGAACUGAAAAUUGAUAUCUGGGAUUCAGAAGAAGGUAUAAACCCUUACGAGGUGAUGGUGGAGUGCCCGCAACUGCGCAAACUUGACUUUGACACGUUCCUGUGCGACGGAGAAGCAGAGAACGACUUCAUAUAUCAAGUGAACGCCAACCACUUCAAAUAUAUGAAGGAUUUUUCAUUCUCAUGCAAUGAUGAUUAUUUUCCACCUGAUCUAAUUACACUCGUACUGGCAACACCAGCCUUGGAGAAAUUUUCCUUUAAGGAAAACUGGAAUUUAUCUUAUGAUCAUCAUCUGGUCCAUUUAACUGAGCAGCUUGUUGAAGGACGCAUUUUGCAGAAUCUAAAGUCAUUUGAGUUUAUGUACCUCAAUCACGAGCCCAGCGCUUGUAUUGAGCUGGUGAAGUUUCUCUGCCUCCUAGCAGCUCAUGCCCCGAGACUUGAAUUGAUUCGGUGUAUCAUCGGAAGAACUGAAUUUGAAAAGGAAGCCAAGAAAUCAUUUCUAUUUGGUGGUAUUGACCAAAUUGAUGGUUUCAAAUUCAUUUUGCAGGAUUGAAUGAUCCUUGAAUUGGGAACAAUUACAUAAUGAUCUUUGAAGUAUGCAUUCAUAAAUUUGUAGUUCUCGGGAACAAUAGCUCUUUAAAUAACUGGAUCUGGUGUAAUUCUAAAAAAUUAAAUUUUUCCAUUUUAACAAUUAUGCUAUGAGCAUGCAAUAAACUGAUUUGAUAUAGAA